AACCAUUUUACUUCACUCUUCACAAUCUUCAAACACCCUGUUCUACCAAAAAUGUCACCUUCCGGCACCCAAGUUGCCACGUCCAGGACCAGAAAAAAGCUCUUCAUAGCUGUCUUUGCUUCACUCUUAAUAGUCACAGCCAUAGUUACCAUUGUUGCCGCCAGGAACAAAUCCACCACCAUCUUCAAUCACCAAAUCGCCGCUCACCCUGUGGCCAAGUCCUCCUGUGGCCUCACAUUCUACCCGCAACUGUGCUUCUCGGCCCUCUCUACAAUUCCAGACGCUGCUUCAAAGAUCACCUCUACAAAAGAUGUGAUCGCAUUGUCAUUAAACAUCACUAUAACUGUGGUCCAGAAGAAUUACUUGAGUAUCAAGAAGCUUAUUAGCACUCGUAAGAGCAGCCUCACAAAACGUGAAAAGUCUGCUCUAAAUGACUGUCUUGAAUUGGAGGAUGAAACUCUUGACGAGCUUUACAAAAUUGAAGAUGAACUCAAGGAGUAUCCUGUGGUUAACAAGUCUGUAUCCCAACAAGCUGAUGAACUCAAAAUCCUGUUGAGUGGCGCUAUGACCAACCAGGAAACUUGCCUUGAUGGCCUCUCUCAUGAUAAGGCUGAUAAAGAGGUUCGUGAGGCAUUGAUUAGGGGUCAAAUGCAAGUGUUUAAAAUGUGUAGCAAUGCGCUGGCGAUGAUAAAAAACUUGACAGACGCCGAUAUGGCAAAUGAGGUGGAGACUUCAGGGAGGCAUCUUGAUGAGGUAGAAAAUGAAAAGGGGUGGCCUGAAUGGUUGUCAGCCGGAGACAGGAGGCUGCUGCAGGCGACAACAGUGACUCCUGACGUUACUGUGGCUGCUGAUGGGACGGGCAACUACCGCACGGUGUCGGAGGCAGUGGCGGCUGCACCUGAGGGGAGUACAAAGAGAUAUAUUAUAAAGAUCAAAGCUGGUGAUUACAGAGAAAGUGUGGAUGUACCCAAGAAGAAAACUAACCUGAUGUUUGUAGGAGAUGGGAGGACUUCCACCGUUAUUACUGCUAGUAAAAAUGUAGUCGAUGGGAGCACCACAUUCAACUCAGCAACUGUCGCUGUAGUUGGGACCGGGUUCUUGGCGAGGGACAUAACUUUUCAAAACCAUGCUGGCCCAUCAAAGCACCAAGCAGUGGCACUGCGUGUGGGAUCAGAUUUUUCAGCCUUUUACAGGUGUGACAUGUUAGCAUACCAGGACACCCUCUAUGUCCACUCACUCCGCCAGUUUUAUGUGAAUUGCAUUAUAGCAGGCACUGUGGACUUCAUAUUUGGAAACGCAGCAGCUGUGUUUCAAGACUGUGACAUUCAUGCUCGCCGCCCAAAUGCUGGCCAAAAGAACAUGGUGACAGCCCAAGGACGAGAUGACCCUAAUCAAAACACCGGCAUAGUCAUCCAAAAUUGCAGAAUUGGUGCAACUUCAGAUUUAAAACCUGUAAUCAGCAGCUUUCCAACGUAUCUAGGCAGACCGUGGAAGCAGUAUUCGAGAACAGUGAUAAUGCAAACUGAUAUAAGCAAUGUGAUAAAUCCAGCCGGGUGGUUUGAGUGGGAUGGCAAUUUUGCACUCGAUACAUUGUUCUAUGCUGAGUAUGCAAACACUGGUGCGGGCGCUGACACAUCAAAUAGAGUGGCAUGGAAAGGAUACAGAGUGAUUUCUAGUGCAAGUGAGGUCCAAAUGUUUACUGCCAGGAAUUUUAUUUCUGGGGGCAAUUGGUUAGGCGCCACCGGUUUCCCUUUCUCCCUUGGUCUCUGAGGCAAUAUAUCAUAGCUUAGCUGCAACCUUUUCUCCUAUUUGAUAAAUAAUGAUUUGGGUUUAAGGGGAAAAUUGAACGCUUUGAGCUUUUUUGUUGUGUAAGUUCCCUCAAGAUUUAUGCAUUGCUCUCUAAAUAUAAUUCCAUCUGAUGAAAAAAAAUCUGCCAUAAAUGAAUGUGGUUCAAAAAAAUAAAUAGAUAAAUCAUGCAUGUGAAAGC